AUGAGGGAUGCAAUGAAACAAGGUGAGCAGAGACAGCUGAAAAUUGAAAUAAUGGCCAUUAAUGCAUUAAUGAAAUAUACGCUGUUUCUUUGCCCAUCGGUAACUCUGGUUUGGGCUUUUGAUGGUUAUGAUUUUUCUGCGGCACCUGUGUCUUCUUUUGGAGAGUUCUUGGUCCAUGUGCUUUCAACUUUACCAGCAUCUCGGAUUCCAAGCUUUGCUAUGCUUUUGUAUCAGAUAUGGUUCGCAAGGAACAAGUUAGUUUGGCAGCAACAGAUUGCUUCACCAUACUCUGUGGUUACUGCAGCUGCUUGUGGUUUACGAGACUGGCUUUCGCACCAGGUUCGGAGUUCUAGUCGUCACACCGUGUUGGGCCAGAUAUUGCCCCGAUGGAUUGCACCGCCGGAAGGAGCUGUCAAGUGCAACGUUGAUGCGACCAUUUAUACCCUUGAUAAUAAAUUCUCUUAUGGUGCAGUCAUUAGAGAUCAUAGAGGGAGUUUUAUCAAGGCAGUUUCAGGUUAUAGUUCUGGUUUAUGUUCCCCAAGAGUAGCUGAAACUAUUGCUAUGAGAGAAGUACUUUCUUGGCUACGCUCUCUCCAUUUGGGACUAACAAUUAUAGAAACAGACUGUCUCCAGCUUGUUAAUGCAGUUCAGGGGGGCAGUCUUGAUUAUUCUGAUUGGAGCCUGGUUCUUGGAGACAUUAAACACUUCAUUUCUCAAUCAAGUGAUAUUUCUAUAGCUUGGGUAAAGAGACAUGCAAAUCAACCUGCUCACUCUCUGGCACGAGCAGCUUGUUAUUUUGCUAGUUUCUGUGUGUGGGACAUGAUCCCUGAUUUUAUUCAAUAUCGUCAUUUCUGA